AUGGCUCCUGUGCAGCGAUUCGAUCACGAUGGCAUUGAGCAACAAGUCAAAGAUGUCAUCCAGGACCUCUACCAGGUAAUGGUGCAGGUUUCUUCGUACGAUUCGGUCGGUAAACCAAGCAAAGAUGUACUCGCAAACGAAAUCCAAACGCUCUCCAAGUCACUGCAAAAAGUCCACACGACCGCCUCGGCGCCCGACUCGCUCCCUUCCGUGCCGCCAGAGCUCCUGGAGUAUGUCGAAAACGGCCGCAAUCCCGACAUCUACACUCGCGAGUUCGUCGAACUCGUGCGCCGCGGCAACCAGCUUAUGCGCGGCAAGACACACGCCUUUGCCGACUUCCGCGACGUGCUUGCUAAGAACAUAUGCAAGGCAAACCCUGAGCUGAGAGAAGACGUUGUUCGCGUUGUCGAAGCGACAGGGGGCAGUAAAGCAGCUCUUGAUGCGUCGCUAAGCGAGCCAUCGGGCGUAGACGAAUCUGCGAAUGCGUCUACAAGCAUUACGUCCACAGCAACAAACCCCAAUCUGCCGCAAUGA